AUGACGCCCUCUCUCCGUGCGCUGCUCGUCACGCUCUCACUCGCCGUCUCGGUAAGCUCGGAGGGCUGUCCCUCCGGCUGGGUGGCGUUCCGCGACAGCUGCUACUACCGCUCCACCUACACCAUCGAGUGGGAGACGGCCAACGAGAUAUGCGCCGCCAUCCAGCCGGCCGCGCGCCAGCCCUCAGUGCACGACCUGGUCACAGACGCGUUUAUCGCCGAGACCCUUCUGGGCGGCGACCGCGCCUGGCUCGGGCUGAGCCGCGUGGAUGGGGUCUGGAGCUGGUCGGACGGAUCGGCCGACGACUGGCACUACUGGUACUGUGACCAGCCCGGCCCCACUGGUGACGCGUGCGUCAUCACCAACUACGCCGGCACAGGGAAGUGGGCCACCUACCGCUGCAUCGACCCGCACUACUUCUUGUGUCAGGUGGAAGCGGAGAAUGUUACAGCGACGGCCGUCUAG